ACUGUUUCAAGCUCAGACUUAGAUCACUCACUGCCAUCUCUCACACUCUCUCUCUUUUUAACUAUUUUUAUUGAAGUCUCUCAACUCUCUUUUUUCUUCAUCUCUCUUCUCUCUCUCUCUCUCCAUAGACUGUGUUUGUAUGUGUUGUAAAUCCAUAGUCAUGGUUAGGGUUGCAGUCUCUCUUCACAUUUCUCUUCUUUUUGGUUUCGCACUAGCACCGCUUUCUCUCUAAUGUCACACCCAAUUGGCUCUCUUUCUCUAGUAGAGAGAGCUGACCUGAGUUUAGCUUUCUUCACUCUAAUCUCUCUUCUAAGAAAUGGGUUUCUUUCAUUUUUAGCUGUGCUGGUCUAGAUUUCAAGAUCAAGGAGAAAAAAGAAGAAGUGGAAUUUAGUUCACAAGUGUGGAUUUUUGUAGCUUGUUUUCUGUGUAAUUCAAUUUUUCUGCUUUUGGGUUUUUGAGAGAGAUUGGUUAAGCAAUAAAGGGGGAGAAGGGAAGAUUUUUCUUGCAGAAAUACAUACAGAAUCUCUAUCUAUCUCUCUGUAUGUAUUGGUCUUAACUCUGCAAAAGAAAAAAAAAAAAACACACCCCACUCCGUUUUGGCCUUUACCUUCCUCUUCUUCUUCUUCUUCAGUCACUACCCUUUUUCUUUUUAAGUUUGAAGAUUCUUUGUUAAGCUCAAAAACCCUCUCUUUCUUUUACACAUCAUCUUAGAAAGAAAAGAAAGCUACGAACUUUACUAAAAUUUAAGAAUCUUAACCUUCAAGACCCCUUAAACAAAAUAAAGCACGAAAAUCCCAAAGCAACUUUGUUCUCUCUCUAUCUGGCUGUUUGUUUAGUUGGUGAUUUUCGGCUGUUUGUUUGUUUUUUGUUGUGGAAAUGGCUAUGGCUAUGGUGCAGCAUAGAGAGACUAGUAGUGGAAGUAUAAAUAAGCACCUUACUGAUUCUGGUAAGUAUGUCCGGUAUACGGCUGAGCAAGUGGAGGCUCUUGAAAGAGUCUAUUCUGAGUGCCCUAAGCCUAGCUCUUUGAGAAGGCAACAGUUGAUCAGAGAGUGCCCCAUUUUAUCUAACAUCGAGCCAAAGCAGAUCAAAGUCUGGUUCCAAAAUCGCAGGUGUCGAGAGAAGCAAAGAAAAGAAUCUUCAAGACUCCAGACUGUGAAUAGGAAAUUGACAGCAAUGAAUAAGCUGUUGAUGGAGGAGAAUGAUCGCUUGCAGAAACAGGUGUCCCAGCUGGUGUGUGAGAAUGGCUACAUGCGGCAACAACUCCAAACUGCAUCAGCAGCAACUGAUGCAAGCUGCGAUUCUGUAGUCACCACUCCUCAGCAUUCACUGAGAGAUGCCAAUAACCCUGCUGGACUUCUCUCCAUUGCAGAGGAGACCUUGGCAGAGUUCCUUUCAAAGGCUACAGGAACUGCUGUCGAUUGGGUCCAGAUGCCUGGGAUGAAGCCUGGUCCGGAUUCGGUUGGGAUCUUUGCCAUUUCCCAAAGUUGUAGUGGAGUGGCAGCUCGAGCUUGCGGUCUUGUAAGCUUAGAACCUACAAAAAUUGCAGAGAUCCUUAAAGAUCGUCCAUCUUGGUUCCGGGAUUGUCGGAGCCUUGAAGUUUUUACCAUGUUUCCUGCUGGAAAUGGUGGAACUAUUGAACUAGUAUACAGUCAGGUAUAUGCUCCAACUACUCUGGCUCCUGCACGGGAUUUCUGGACUCUGAGAUACACAAGCAGCUUAGACAAUGGCAGUUUAGUGGUCUGUGAGAGAUCACUUUCUGGUUCUGGUGCUGGUCCAAAUGCAGCAGCUGCUGCUCAGUUUGUAAGAGCUGAAAUGCUUCCAAGUGGUUAUUUGAUACGACCAUGUGACGGUGGAGGGUCAAUUAUACAUAUAGUGGAUCACUUAAAUCUCGAGGCAUGGAGUGUUCCUGAGGUGCUGCGGCCACUUUAUGAAUCAUCAAAAGUAGUGGCCCAGAAAAUGACAAUUGCGGCACUGCGAUUUAUCAGGCAAAUAGCUCAGGAGACCAGUGGUGAGGUGGUGUAUGGCUUGGGGAGGCAACCAGCUGUUUUGAGAACCUUUAGCCAGAGAUUAAGCAGAGGCUUCAAUGAUGCUAUUAAUGGGUUCAAUGAUGAUGGCUGGUCACUGAUGAGUUGUGAUGGAGCUGAAGAUGUAAUAGUCACUAUUAAUUCCACUAAGAAUUUGAGCAGCACUUCUAAUGCUGCUAAUUCCUUUGCAUUCCUUGGAGGAAUUUUGUGUGCAAAAGCUUCGAUGCUACUGCAAAACGUCCCUCCUGCAGUCCUUGUUCGCUUCCUAAGAGAGCACCGCUCUGAAUGGGCUGAUUUCAAUGUUGAUGCCUAUUCUGCUGCAUCAUUGAAGGCUGGUUCUUAUGCAUUUCCUGGAAUGAGACCUACAAGAUUCACUGGGAGCCAAAUCAUCAUGCCACUUGGCCACACAAUUGAGCAUGAAGAAUUACUUGAAGUUAUUAGACUGGAAGGCCAUUCUCUUGUGCAAGAAGAUGCUUUUGUAUCAAGGGACAUUCAUCUCUUACAGAUUUGCAGUGGAAUUGAUGAGAAUGCUGUCGGUGCUUGUUCUGAACUUGUCUUUGCUCCAAUUGAUGAAAUGUUUCCUGAUGAUGCUCCAUUGCUACCUUCUGGUUUCCGCAUCAUUCCAUUGGAUUCAAAAACAAAGGAUACACAGGAUGCAUUGACUACGUCUCGCACUCUGGAUCUCACAUCCAGUCUUGAAGUCGGCCCUGCAGCAAACAACACUGCCGGAGAUGCUUCAUCAUCUCAGAGUACACGAUCAGUCUUGACUAUUGCCUUCCAAUUCCCUUUCGAGAGCAAUUUACAGGAGAAUGUUGCCACCAUGGCUCGUCAAUAUGUCCGUAGUGUGAUUUCUUCUGUCCAGAGAGUUGCCAUGGCUAUAUCUCCAUCAGGAUUGGGUCCAGCUGUGGGACCUAAGUUAUCUCCUGGCUCUCCUGAAGCUCUUACCUUAGCUCAUUGGAUCUGCCAAAGUUAUAGUUACUAUCUAGGAGCAGAAUUGCUGAGAUCUGAUUCUCUUGCUGGAGAUUCAGUGUUGAAACAGCUAUGGCAUCAUCAAGAUGCCAUUUUAUGUUGUUCAUUGAAGUCUCUCCCAGUUUUCAUCUUUGCCAAUCAGGCAGGGCUGGACAUGCUUGAGACAACACUAGUGGCUCUACAAGACAUCACACUGGAUAAAAUAUUUGAUGAAUCUGGACGCAAGGCACUUUGUGCAGACUUCGCAAAGUUAAUGCAGCAGGGAUUUGCUGGCUUGCCUGGAGGAAUCUGCAUGUCAACAAUGGGCCGCCAUGUUUCCUAUGAGCAAGCUGUUGCGUGGAAAGUCCUUGCUGCAGAUGAGAGCACUGUCCAUUGCCUUGCCUUCUCCUUUGUAAACUGGUCUUUUGUUUGAUCAUAAUCCAUUCAUCCGAUGCCCUCCCCUCCACCCCAAGCUGAAUAUGAAAAAACAAAUGGUGGAGAGUUUUGGGGGAAAAAAAAAGAAAAAGAAGUUUUGUAAUAUUUAAAUCCCAGCCCCAGGUUUGCAUUAUAUUAAUUUAAUUAAUUUUUAUUUAGUGAGCCAGAUUUUGCCUUGUCCUUGUACAUAUGGUGUGAAACUCUCUUACCCUUUUCAGCUAUUAUUGGAACUUGAAACAGUAACUGAACUAAAGAAGGAUUCUGGAUUCCUUUCUUUCUUUCA